AUGGUUGGUACAUCCUUUCUUCGGCGUGUGUCCUUACAUGGGUUUCGAGGGAAGGCCUCGAGCCAGAAACUCGACGAGCCAACGCUGGUUCUUGACGACCAAACAUCGGACACUGCCCCCGUGACACCAGAGACCCAGACUGUUCUCCUGUUACACGGAGCACGUCAACCGUAUGAGUUGACCGAGAACCAUCCGGUUCCUCUCUUCCGGGAUGAUCGAGAGGUACUUGUCCGGACACAGGCGAUCGGCCUGAAUCCCAUGGAUUGGAAGGCGCCGGUAGGCAAAGACGUGCAUCAUGUUAUCGUCAUAUCAACAGACUACCGAGACAUCCGUAAAGCGGCCUACCAACAGUACGUCGUAGCACCCGACUACAACACCGUCCGCCUCCCACCCGCCCUUUCCCCCGAAGAGGGCGCCUCCCUCGGAGUAGCCUUCGUCGUCGCCGCCAUCUCCCUCGGGUUGUGCAUCGGCCUGGACUUCACCUCCGUCCUCAACGGCCCCGACCUGCACACCCUCCUCCGCCAGCUCCCCCCCGACACCAUCGCCCCCGACAUCCAAAAGGAAUGCCUCACCAGCAUCCCAACCCACGAACGCGCCCAACCAGGCGACUGGCUCGCCAUCUGGGGCGGCUCAUCCACCUCCGCGAACCUCACCCUCCAACUCGCGCGCCUCGCCGGCCUGCGCACCAUCGCCGUCGCCGACAAGGCCAAGCACGGCCUGUGGCUGUCCAGCCACCGGACGGUGCGGCCCGACCUGCUGGUGGACAGCCACGACCCGGCGCGCGCGGUGGCCAUCAUCCGGGCGAACGUGAACGGGAACGGGAACGGGAACGGGAACGGGAACGGGAACGGGAACGGGAACGGGAAGCUGCGGUUCGCGGCGGAUACUAGGGGAAGGGAGUCGGCGGGGUGGUUGUUGGAAGCGCUGCGGCGGCCGGGGGGUGGGGUGGGAAAAGAGGGGGAGGGGGUGGUGGGUGUGGGUGUGGUGGGUGUGGUGGAGGGGGCGGAGAAGGGGAAGGGGUUGGUGUUGUUGUCGGAGGAGGAGGGUGCACUGCCGGCUGCAGCUCGCGAAGCUGAGGAUUCUGCUGCCGCCGAGCCGGUGAGCUUCUCGGCGCAUCUGAUCGGCUUGACGGGGCUGCCCAAGCAACCUGCGCCUGACGGCGUGGUGUAUCAUACCGUGCCCAUCAAGUUGUUCCAUGAGGUGCCGGCUGUGGGUCAGGCGCUGGUCGAGUGGUUGGAGAGGCUGCUGCAGGAGGGGCUUGUGACGCCGCCGAAUAUUAUUGACGUCCAGCGGGGGCUGGGCAGUGUGAACCAGGGUUUGGAUCGGAUGAGGAGGGGGGAGAUUAGUGGCGGGAAACUGGUUGUGAGGGUUGAUUGAGCUAGAGAUGUUGAAGUUUAGUGACGCUGUUGAUGUCGUUUCCUCUUUCCCCUCUUCUCACCACGAUGUCUUGGGUGUUAAACCUCAUCGGAGGGUCUGGACAUGAGACAUCAUUAUACUGUCCUGGUUCCUACAUUCGUAUCUUUGCACCGUUUAAACCAACCUCCGAUAUUACAUUAACCAAAGCAAACUCCACCCCCCUUACUCCCCCGACC